AUGUGUGUAUUUCCUCCCUUCAGAGCACUGUUAUUGGGCCUGGCUUGUAAUCAUAGCUUGAAGGGGGUUUCUCUUGAUCUCAGCAACUGCGAGCUUGGCCAUUGUCUGAGAUCAGGAGGUGCUCAAGUAUUAGAAGGCUGCAUUGCUGAAAUCCACAACAUCACCAGUUUAGACAUCUCUGACAAUGGUUUAGAAUCUGACCUAUCUACCUUAAUAGUGUGGCUCAGUAAAAACAGAUCAAUACAACACCUGGCGUUAGGCAAAAAUUUUAAUAAUAUGAAAUCCAAAAAUCUGACACCUGUACUGGACAACUUAGUACAGAUGAUUCAAGACGAAGAAUCACCCUCUGGUAGACAUACCUCUUUCAGGAACUACACGUUGAGGUUUAUGCCAAUUCCUAUGUAUGAUGCCUCUCAAGCCCUAAAAACAAACCCUGAGAAAACAGAAGAGGCUCUGCAAAAGAUAGAAAACUAUCUGCUUCGGAAUCACGAGACUAGAAAAUACCUUCAAGAGCAGGCCUACCGCCUGCAGCAGGGUAUUGUCACCAGCACCACCCAGCAGAUGAUUGACAGAAUAUGUGUGAAAGUCCAAGAUCAUCUUAACUCCUUACGAAAUUGUGGGGGAGAUGCUAUCCAGGAAGAUUUGAAAUCAGCAGAACGGCUCAUGCGUGAUGCAAAGAACUCUAAAACGUUAUUACCAAAUUUAUACCAUGUUGGUGGUGUGUGUUGGGCAGGAGCCAGUGGCUUGUUAUCCAGUCCGAUUCAGGAGACCCUGGAAUCAAUGGCUGGAGAAGUCACAAGAGUUGUAGAUGAACAGCUGAAGGCGCUGCUUGAGUCCAUGGUUGAUGCUGCCGAGAGUCUCUGUCCCAAUGUGAUGAAAAAAGCCCACAUUCGACAAGACUUGAUUCAUGCCAGCACCGAAAAGAUUUCCAUUCCUCGUACCUUUGUUAAAAAUGUCCUGUUGGAGCAGUCUGGAGUUGAUAUCCUUAACAAAAUUAGUGAAGUGAAGUUGACAGUGGCCUCCUUCCUGUCUGAUCGAAUUGUGGACGAAAUCCUGGAUGCACUCUCACACUGCCAUCAUAAACUGGCUGACCAUUUCAGCAGACGUGGCAAGACCCUUCCUCAGCAAGAAUCCUUAGAGAUCGAGCUGGCUGAGGAGAAGCCAGUUAAACGCUCCAUCAUCACAGUGGAGGAGCUAACGGAGAUAGAGCGUUUGGAAGAUCUGGACACUUGUAUGAUGACACCUAAAUCUAAAAGGAAGAGUAUUCAUAGUCGAAUGCUACGGCCUGUUUCCAGGGCCUUUGAAAUGGAGUUUGAUCUAGAUAAAGCACUGGAAGAGGUGCCAAUUCACAUCGAAGAUCCGCCUUUCCCGUCUCUCAAACAAGAGAAGCGGAGCUCAGGAUUUAUCUUUGAGUUGCCCUCUGAAGAAGGGAAGAAGCUGGAGCACUUUACCAAGUUAAGGCCAAAACGGAAUAAAAAGCAGCAACCCACCCAAGCAGCGGUUUGUGCUGCCAACAUAGUUUCCCAAGAUGGUGAACAGAAUGGUCUUAUGGGGAGAGUGGAUGAAGGUGUAGAUGAAUUUUUCACCAAGAAGGUGACCAAAAUGGAUUCCAAGAAAUCAUCAACAAGAGGCUCAGAGUCCCAUGAGCUCAGUGAAGGAGGAGAUGAAAAGAAAAAGCGAGAUUCUCGGAAAAGUGGUGGCUUUCUCAAUUUAAUCAAGUCCCGGUCCAAAUCUGAACGGCCACCAACGGUUUGGAUGACAGAAGAACCCUCCUCGCCAAAAGGGGCAGCCAGAAGUCCAGCCUUGGACACUCCCAGGAAGGACACGAAGGCAGCCGAGCACAAUGGCAAUUCUGAACGCACAGAGGAGAUAAAAACACCCGACUCACUUGAAGAGAGUCAAGGGGAAGAAACGGGGAGGGUGGACCAGAGCGACAGCAAGAGCAGCCCGCAGGGAGGGCGGAGGUACGGGGUGCAGAUGAUGGGCAGUGGGCUGCUGGCAGAGAUGAAAGCCAAGCAGGAGAAGAGAGCUGCUUCCGUGCAGAAGAAAUUUGGGAAUGACUCCAUCUCCCAGGAUUCUUCCAGCCCAGCCUCGAGCAGCACAGAACGGUUGGAUGGAAGUGGGGCAGUGCCUAAACUGCACCCUGGUCUUCCAGAGAACCGCUUCAGUUUGGGAACACCAGAAAAAAAUGCCAAAGCAGAACCUAAGGUGGAUGUGGGCUCCAGAUCUCGGAGCUCGUCUGGCACGCCUACCAGCCCGAAGCCCCUCCUGCAGUCCCCCAAGCCCAGCCUGGCAGCACGGCCCACCAUCCCGCAGAAACCAAGAACUGCCUCACGGCCUGAGGACAUCCCAGACUCUCCAUCUGGCCCUAGUUCUCCUAAAGUUGCUCUUCUUCCACCUGCCCUGAAAAAAGUUCCUUCGGAUAAGGAGAGAGAUGACCAGAGUAGCCCACAGCCCAGUCCCAGGACAUUUUCCCAGGAAGUGUCGAGGAGAAGCUGGGGCCAGCAGGCCCAGGAGUAUCAAGAGCAAAAGCAACAGUCCUCCAGUAAAGAUGGCCAUCGAGGCAGAAAACCUAGUGACUCUGGUGAAGAAGCAGAAAAAGAGUUUAUUUUCGUGUAGAGUCACCCAUGCCGGAGUCUUCCCGUGCGGAUGCUUUGUCAGCCCUCAGAGCCACACCGGGGGUGACAACUCUUCUUCUCGGCACUUUUCUCUUGGUGCUUUAGUCUCUUAUCUUUUUUCUUAUUUCUUCUUUUCUUUUUUAAAGAGUAUAGAAACAGGUUUAUUGCUUGGUAAUCAAAGCACAUUUAUUUGGUCUUCUUCCAACCCUUGGCAUUUGAUUUCUAAGUGUUCCUUUAUAUGCCUUCAACAAAAGCCAGCAAUUAUUCCAUGGGCCCUACUUGAAUUUCUCUGAGGCAGCUACAGAUUGCCCUGCAAGAUGAGUUUUUAAGAGGUAAAUGGAGUAACUGGACAGACACUCACACAAGUAACACCAUCCCGCAGACCGUGGGGUACUGUGAAUGUGCUGUGUCAAAGCUGCACAUGACUCGAUAUAGCAAUUUAUUCUUGAUGUAUGCAAUUGCACAUUGUAAUUAUAUUAACAGAGCACACUAAUAAAUAAUUUGUAUAAAUUAUAUAUAUUAGAUCUUGGGUAUGGUUUUUACAUUCUCCCAUGGGGAACUUCUUCCUUCCUGAUGUGAAAUUGUACAUGUAAAGCUUGGUUGGUGGCCUUUGCAUACCAGCCACAGCACAGCUAAGAACAGAGAGAGGCCCACACCUGGUUCUACCAUGUGCCCAGAUUAAUGUAUAUAGCUUACUGGAAUGAGGUUUUAUGAAUAUUCACGUUUUUGAAGGCCUUUAAUUUCUGUCUGCAUAUUAGCUUUUAAUGUGUGAUUUUAAGAGAGAAUACUUUGACACAUGUAAAAAAUCAAAAUACUACUCUUUAUAAGACAUUUCACAAAUAUUCACUUACAUUACAGGCUGACGAUAUUUUAUUCAUAUGUAUAUUUAUACCAAUAAAAUGAUUUUACAAGUGGAA